CUCGAAAUAGACUGCACUUUCGCUCGCAGUCGUUGGCAUGACGAGCUGCAGCGCGAGCGAGCUCUUGCCCGGCAGCGCCACGUGCCUGACGCUGACGACGCAGAAUGAUGCAUUUGCCACGUCCUCGACGCUCACGCCGGCCACGACCUCGACGUCGCUCAUGAGCUUUGCCCAAGACGCCGUCUCAACCCAAGGCGCGACGACCGCGGCCUUUGAGCGCGUCGACAGCGUCCGCGGCCACAGCGACACUUGGUUCCGCAACUCGCUUCAAGCGAUCGCGAUCUACGCCUGCGACACCAUGCUCUCGGUCAGCGACAAGCAGCGCUGCGUUGCACGCGAUGACCCGAGUGCGGUGUUGAAUGGCACGCUUUGCCUUCGCGUCGGCGGCGACGGCAACUGCUUCGACCAAGGGCUCUGCGAGCGGGCGGCCAACUGCUACUGGCCGCCGCCGAACGUCAACCGCACGCCCUACUACACGGAGGCAAACCUCCGAGCGGCCUCGGCGUGGGUCACCACCGCGUACCCCAAGUCGUUUGUGCCGUACGCGAUCCCGGGCGUCUUCCUAGCGUCGCUUGUCCUUCUCGUGACAGUCGUAUUUCUCAUUCUGCGCUGCGGCUGCGACCGCUGCUACGGCACUCGCCCCCAUCGCCACGGCUACACGCGGGCCGAGCGCUUGCGGCCGAUACUCGUCUACGGGUUCUUUGCGAUCGGCGUCGUGCUCUGUGCAGUCUUUGCGUUUACGCAAAACCAAAUCAUCACCAAGGGCGUCAACGGCGCCUUCUCGGCCGUCGACAUGUCCCUCACCAACCUCCAGACGAUGACGCGCAACGUGGACAAGCCGCUCGCGCACGUCUCGUCGACGCUAAACACGACAGUCGCCGAGAUUCAGCAGCAGCUCAACCCGUCGAGCACGCGUGCGUGGAUGAAUGACAACAUGACCACACUCUGGACGCUGCGUGCGCAUUUGCAGUUUAGCUUGGCAAACCUGGGGCCGUACCCGAUCGGGUGCUCGCUCGGCUCCUCCGACGUGUGCGUGACCUGUCCGCCCGCACUUUGCGACACGUUUCCUGCAGCCUUCAACGCGACAGUGGCCGCCUUCAAUCAGAGCCACACCUCGAUGCAAGCCGUGGUCAACACCAUGUACUCAAGCCUCCAGCUAUCUCAGACCACGAUCCAGGCGGCGCUCGACGGCGCUGAUACGUACCUUGCCAGCGUCCAGACCAAAGCGGCGACGACGCAGGCCAGCGUGCAUACGGCAUACUCGGCGUUCACGACCAUCUCGAUCGCCCAAGUGGCUGCGCUCAUGGCUGCCUUUGGACUCGGCGUCGCCGUGUGCGCACUGGGUCUUGUGGGCAUUGUUGCCGGGCACUGUUCUCGGAAAAGCUGCCUCGUGCGCGUCCUCAACGGCGCCUGGGUUUGGGGUGCGACGAUCUGCAUUGGCGGCUUUGCGCUCUCGGCGGCCAUUUUGAUCUUUGCGAUGCUCGGCAACGACGUGUGCCACUACGUGAGCGUCCUUCGCGACAACAGCACGUCCGUGUGGCCAGGGCAAGCGUCCGAGAUUUUACAUGCGUGCUUCCACAACACGUCGCUUCUCUCUGCGCUUGGGAUUCAAGGAGAGCUUGCGUUCAGCUGCCCGCUCGAGCAAGAGCUCCAAGCAAGCCAUGCGCUCCCGCUGACCGCGUUGGUGACGGCCGUGACCAACCUGAGCCAGACUCUGCAUGCGGCCAACGCGUCGGCGUGGGUGGCUGCGUCCCCCGCCGAAUUGGUCACACAAGCCGCGGUGUACACGCCGCAGCUGACGCUCGACAACCUCCCACGGCCAUGGGAGGCUGAUGGGCACGCGUCCUUGCAGGCGUCCGGCCAGUCGGCCUGCUACUUUGAGUCGACGACGAACGCGCCGCGCUGUUAUAUGAGCAAGUCGUGCAACAGCGCUGCCUGCUACGCGACGUACGUGGCAGCGUACGAUACGUACCUAGCCGAGGCGCAGAUUCGGACCGCGCUCGACCAACUCGAUACGGACUUUGGCGGCGGCAGCGGGUCGCACACGGCCGGCUGGAACGCGUCGAUUCCGUCGAUCGCGGAGUUUGCCACUGCGUACGUCGGCAACCUCACGCAGCUGCAAACGUCGGUGUUGGCGCCGCUGCAGAAAGGCGUCGUGGGCGUGCUCCUUGGUGCCAUCGACACGACGACCUGCAGCAUGGACUGCGCGUGGCUGGAUGCGAGCUACGACCUUCUCUAUGACAGCGUCUGCUCCAACAUUGUCGGCGCAUUGCUCACGAUCGCGCUCUGCCUCUUCCUCAUGUGCUUCUUCCUCCUCCCCGUCAUUGCCUCGGCGAUUGUUUUGGAGAAGCGUCUGCGGGGUCUGCGCAAGGAGGAACGGCCCAAGCGGCUCGUCCAGACCGCAGUACCGCCGUCCACGCAAGUGUAGACACCGUGGAGUUUUUUUUUGUGAUAACCCAUCCCUGGAUGUACGUUGUAUAGUGCUUUUCAAUCGACAAGGGCUAGGGUAGGGGUGGGGCCCCCGGCCCAAGAAUAAUUAAGGAUCGCGCGGUGCGCCACCG